AUGCAAGCAAUUAAAGACCCUGAUCAUUACCUCAAUAUAAACAGACAACAGUUCAAAACACCCUUGGAGGUUCUCCGGAAGAACUUUCGUAAUGUCCAGAAGCGAAUAGAGAAAAACAAGCGGGACUUGGUUGAACUACAACACGAGUUCCAGACUGCCUCUGAAGAUAACAGGUUAGAGAUCGUCGAUAGAAUGAUCCGUAUCCAACGUGAUUUUAAUGACAAGAUCAAACAUCGUAUUGAACAUCACAAUGAGUACGUUGACAAAAUGGUUGUGCGCAUACAAUAUUUUGUUAAGAUCAAGGAACUAUCAAGGAAAUAUCUGAAUAUCAAGCUUGCCAAUAUGAACGACAUGCCAGAAGAUUUGCAGGAAUUCUAUCGCCAUGAGAUCAACGUUAUGAUUGUAGAUUAUUUGCUGAAGAAUUUGGAUAUCGAGGAUUUUAAGGACGUUGACACACAUCCAGGUGUCAAGGUUGCUCGGACCUUAAAGUUGAACGAUUUUAUUGAUUCUACAAUAAUAUUACAAGGUCUAAAAAUAGCACAUGAGAUCAAAGACAAGCAUAACCUAAAGUUGCUAAAAAAAUGGUGUAUUGAGAAUAAGAAAAACUUGAAAACAAUCAAAGAAUUGAAGUCUAGUAAGCUGGGCGAUAUUGAGUUUGAAUGUGAUUUCCAAUUGUUUAUUGAUCAUAUAAUCAACAAGAGGUUUUCUCAGGGCUUGAUUUUUGCAAGAAAUAAUCUACAACUAAACGUUAAAAAGCUCUCAAUUGGUUCAACCGUAAUAUGGGCACAAUCAUUAAUUGAGCACAUCAAUUCAAUCCACGCUCCAAAACCUUCAAAUCCUUUGGACUAUUACACAAAAUCCAGAGAACCUGAGAAUACCGAACUCGUUCUCGCUGAAUAUCUAAAGUACUUGAAAAACGACAGGUGGAUCCACUUGUCCAACUUAUUUCUAUUGAACUUCAAGUUUAUUUACGGCAUGAAUGAGCGAUCAAACUUAGAAACAAUGCUGAUAUUAGGUGCAAGUGUCUUGAAGACUAAGUCUUGUAAAAAACUAAAAACUAGUGGGACGUUUGGAGAUUUCAAAAUACCACGACUUAGUUCGGGAUUGUUUAUACAGGCCAAUGACUGUCCCAUCUGUUCUAUUGAAUUGAACGAAAUAUGUGAUUCGGUGCCUUGUUCGAUUCAAUCCAAAUCAAAUAUAUAUGAUGAUGCAGUUUUAUUGCCCAACAAUAAUGUUUAUUCAUUCAAAAAGUUGAUGUUUUACAACCGUGAAGAUACAAGCAUCCAAUUCCAUGAGUUCCAGCCAGGUGGAUUCCCAAGUUUGGACGAUGGUCGUAAAGUGUUGGACCCAUUGACAGGUGAAACUUUUAAUGCCUACCAACUAAAAAAGGUUUUUCCGUUAUAA